AUAAAAGCACUUCGGUAACCAGCUUUUGGGUGCCUGUGUGCGGCAGAGCUGACAGAACUCGGAGCAGGCGCCGGGUGCGCGAGCGGGAUGUACUUCUGCUGGGGCGCCGACUCCCCGAGACCCCGGCGCCGGGGGGCGACAGGCGCAGGCGGCGCCGAGCUGCUGCAGGCGGCCUGCGGAGAGCGCCACUCGCUGCUGCUGAUGAGUGACGGCGUCGUCCACUCGAAUGGGGACAACAGCCGGGGCCAGCUGGGCCGGAGGGGCGCACCGAGAGGGGAACGGCCAGAACCAAUUCGGGCGCUGGAAACUCUGAAAGUUGAUCUUGUGAGCUGUGGAAAGGAGCACUCCCUAGCUGUUUGUCACAAAGGAAGGGUCUUCGCAUGGGGAGCUGGUUCUGAAGGACAGCUGGGGAUUGGAGAAUUUAAGGAAAUAAGUUUUACACCUAGGAAAAUAAACACUCUGACUGGUACAAAAAUAAUACAAGUUUCAUGUGGACACUUCCACUCCCUGGCAUUAUCACAAGAUGGCAAAGUGUUUUCAUGGGGAAAGAACAGCCAAGGUCAACUGGGCCUUGGGAAGGAGUUCCCCUCCCAAGCCAGUCCACAGAGAGUGAGGUCCCUGGAGGGGAUACCCCUGGCUCAGGUGGCUGCAGGAGGGGCUCACAGCUUUGCCCUGUCCCUCUCUGGUACUUCAUUUGGCUGGGGAAACAACAAUGCAGGCCAGCUGGCCCUCAGUGGAAAUAAUGUACCAGCAGAGCAAAUCUACAAACCUCGUUCUAUUGGGGCAUUGAAGAAUCUAGAUGUGAUUUAUAUCAGCUGUGGUUAUGAGCACACUGCAGUGCUCACCCAGGUUGGUAAAGUGUUUACAUUUGGAGACAAUAGCUCUGGACAGUUGGGACAUAGCCCCUCUGCUGAGAAGAGAGGCCCACAACUUGUGGAAAGAAUUGGUGGCUUAGUUUCACAGAUAGACUGUGGAAGUUAUCACACCCUUGCAUAUGUUUACACCUCUGGUCAGGUGGUAUGUUUUGGUCGUGGACCAGGUCACACAAGCAGCCCAAGUCAGCCAGAGGCCCUGACAAAGAACUUUGACAUUAGUUGCCUGAUUUCUGCUGAAGAUCUUGCAAAAGUUCAAGUAAAACACAUUUUUGCUGGAGUGUAUGCCAACUUUGUGACAACUUAUCAGAAAGCUAGUUCUACAAGUGUUUCCAGGAAAACCCUCCCAGAAAUUAGCCGAAUCAACCAGUCCCUGACAGAAAAAUGGAUAGCAGUGAAAAGAGGAAGUACUGAACAUGAAGUGGCUAAGAGGGAAAUUGGAAUGAUAUUUUCAUCUCCUGCUUGUCUGACUGCAAGUUUUUUAAAGGAAAGAGGAAGUGGAGAAAUGAUUUCCAUUGACGUAGACUUACAAAUGGCAAGAGAUAUCUUCAAGAAGUUAACAAAAACAGAAUGGGUUUCUUUCAUGAUAACCAUGUGUCUCAGGGAUGAUCUGCUCAGAGCUCUUCCAUUUCAUUCUCCACACCAAGAAGCUUUAUCAGUUUUCCUCCUGCUCCCAGAAUGUCCUGUGAUGCAUGAUUUUAAGAACUGGGAGAGCCUGGUGGUUCCAUUUGCAGAAGCUGUUUGUAAAAUGAGUGACCAGUCUUUACGGGUCCUGAAGAAGUGUUGGGCAUCUUUGCAAGAGUCCUCUCUGAAUAGACUGGUCCAAAUGCUUAAAACAGCCGUCGUCUCUCAACUUAAUUGUUGGACUGAAACCAUGCAGAGUCAUUGUAAUCUUAAAGCUCUUCUAGGAGUGAUGAAAGAAGUGCAUAAGGUAAACACAGCUAACUGUCAACUGCCAGAAAAUACUUUCAACAUAAAUGAACUCUCCUACUUUCUCAACUUCUUUGCAGAGAGAACUAGAUUCCUUGCUCGGAAUGAAAACCUGGUACCUGCAGAAAAUCCCAGUCCCAUUAUUUUCAGUGACUUUCCAUUUGUCUUUAAUUUGCUAUCCAAAAUUAAAUUAUUGCAAGCUGAUUCAUAUAUAAAAAUAUUGAGAUCAGAAGACAGAGAGGACAAAUACCAGGUUUUGAUGCAAACAGUUCUGCAAAGAAAUGACAAACUUCUUUCACCACACCAAUUGAUACUUCGAGUCAGACGAAGUCACUUGGUUGAAGAUGCUCUGCGUCAAUUAAGUCAACUUGAAGUUACUGACCUAUGGAAACCAUUAGUGGUUGAAUUUAUUAAAGAAAUUGUUCCUGAGGCUGGAGGGGUCAGUGCAGAGUUCUUCCACUGUAUAUUUGAAGAGAUGACCCAGUCAGAAUAUGGAAUGUUCAUUUAUCCUGAACAGGGUUCCUACAUAUGGUUUCCUGUCAGACCUAAAUUUGAGAAGAAGAGAUAUUUCCUCUUGGGGAUACUGUGUGGACUCUCCCUACUCAAUUUAAAUGUUGCCAAUCUUCCUUUCCCCCUGGCUCUGUUUAAGAAACUCCUGGGCCAAAAGCCGUCAUUUGAAGAUUUAAAAGAACUGAGUCCUCUUUUGGGAAAGAGUUUGCAAGAAGUUCUAAAUGAUGAAGCUGAUGACAUUGGAGAAGAACUUUAUAUACAUUUCUCUAUACAUUGGGACCAAAAUGAUGUUGAUUUAAUUCCAAAUGGGAUCUCCAUACCUGUGGACCAAACCAACAAGAAAGACUAUGUUUCUAAGUGUGUCGAUUACAUCUUCAACACCUCUGUAAAGGUACUAUAUGAGGAAUUUCAGAGAGGAUUUUACAGAGUCUGUAACAAGGAGAUACUUGAACACUUUCAGCCUGAAGAACUUAGAGCAGCAAUAGUUGGAAAUACUGAUUAUGACUGGAAACUACUUGAAAAGAACUCAAAGUAUGACCAAGGAUACCACAAAUCACAUCCUACUAUACUGAUGUUUUGGAAAGCUUUCCACAAAUUAACUUUGGAUGAAAAGAAAAAAUUCCUCCUUUUCCUUACAGGAAGUGAUAGGAUGCAUGUAACAGGUAUGCAGGAAAUGGGAAUAGUAUUUCGCUGUCCUGAAACAUUAAGUGAAGAUGACUGCCCAAGAGCAGUAACGUGUCAUAACAUCCUAUAUCUCCCCAAAUAUUCUACAAUGGAAAGAGUAGAGGAAGCACUUCAAAUAGCCAUCAACAGCAACAAAGGAUUUGUCUUACCCAGGAUUACACCAUAAUUAUCUCUAAGAGUCUCAGUGAGGCCUCAGAUUCUCAGGCCCCCUCACCCUUGGAUUUUUCUAUUCUUCCUAUAUCUAAUUAGUACAAGAGAUUAAUUAAUUUUUGUUAAGAUUAGUUGAUAAAUGUUGGGAUAAACAAUAAAAUGAUGAAGCAAGGAUAAUAUUUUUUAUUAAACAAAAGUAUGUGAAACAAUUCCUAUAUUCCUAAACUUGCUAUUUAAAUGUUUGCUUUUUAUUGACUUGUUUCCUGAAUAAUAAUUAUCAUUUAAAAACAAUUUGUGAAUAUUAAAAGCUGAGAGCUUUUAAAAAAUAUAUUAUGCUACAUCUAAUAAACAUUGUCUAUAAGUAUGAAACACAGGUUAAAGUUUGAAUAAAAUAAACAAAAAUAUAAACUAACACCUUAACAUUAUGUUUUUUGUGGCAUGUAGAUGUGUAGCUUAUGUAUUUUAAAUUCAUGAACGUCUAUACAGCUUUGGUUUUAGCAUAUUGCUCAAUAAGUUAUUUGACAAAUCUAAACAUGAAGGGAUUCAUUAAUUCAUUAAAUAAUUAUGUGUAUGCAAUUCUCUGUCCCAGGAAUGCAGAUGUCAUUUUUUGGUUUAACACUGAGCCCAGGAACUUCUGGGUAAUUGUAAUUAGGGCAAUGUGAAGAGGAUGAAGUAUGUCUCAGCAUCAUGGCUAUCUGUUGAAUUUAUGGAGAGAUGUGACCCUGGUGGGAGAUGGCCAGUGAAUUUUGUGGAGCAGUUAUAUUUAAUAAAUUUUAAUUU